GGUUUGCCCAUGAUAAAAUAUUGUUGGACUCUGCCUCCACGCCCCCUCAGCAGAAAGAAGCUGCAGCCGAGUUUGGUGGUGAACUUAUUUGCUGACAUAGGUUACUCACACCACCGCUCUCCUGGGUAGCUUUUGUCAGCAGCCAGCAGCAAAGACCCUUUCCAGCAUCCGAGUUUACAUGAGGGCCUGGCAGGGGAGUGUUCUCCUCUGUGCACAGCCAGCUCAGUAAAUCUCAGCGUGACAGGCUCACAGCCCUGCUGCUGAACUUUUAACUUGAAGCUCUAGCAGGGUGCUGAGUGUCUCCAGCUACAUGACACGAGCUGUGAAAGUAAACCACUUCGCUGGGAACAAGGGGAAGUCCAGCAUAUUGUUUUGCGGACUUUGCCUACAGUUUGCUUGCAGUGUAAGCAUAGAAUAUAUACACCUGGGAAAGCAGUGAGAGCGAGAUGGACUUCCAGCACAGAACUCAGCCGUUCCCCAUCCCAGAGGAUGAAGAGGUUGCGUACAAGGUCGCUCCCGAUGCUCACAACUCCGCAGGAAAUGAAGGCGAGAAACCGGUGUCAAAAUUGCAACGUAGGCACAGUGAAAUAAAACUCUACAAAGAGUUUUGUGACUUUUAUGCAAAAUUCAACAUGGCGAACGCUCUUGCAAACGCCAUCUGCGAGCGCUGCAGGGGCGGCUUUGCUCCUGCCGAGAAAAUUGUCAACAGCAAUGGUGAGCUGUACCACGAGCAGUGCUUCGUCUGCGCCCAGUGCUUUCAGCAGUUCCCCGAGGGGCUCUUCUAUGAGUUUGAAGGGAGGAAGUACUGUGAACAUGAUUUUCAAAUGCUUUUUGCCCCUUGCUGCCAUCAAUGUGGUGAGUUCAUUAUUGGUCGUGUUAUUAAAGCCAUGAACAAUAGCUGGCAUCCAGAGUGCUUCUGCUGUGAUAUCUGCCAAGCAGUAUUGGCUGAUAUUGGAUUUGUCAAGAAUGCUGGCAGACAUCUCUGCCGUCCUUGCCAUAACAAGGAAAAAGCCAGAGGCCUGGGAAAGUACAUUUGCCAGAAGUGUCAUGCUAUUAUUGAUGAACAGCCUCUCAUAUUCAAAAAUGAUCCUUAUCACCCUGAUCAUUUCAACUGUGCAAACUGCGGGAAGGAACUUACUGCUGACGCUCGUGAGCUGAAAGGGGAACUCUACUGCUUACCCUGCCAUGACAAAAUGGGUGUCCCCAUCUGUGGGGCAUGUAGGAGACCAAUUGAAGGCCGUGUGGUGAAUGCUAUGGGCAAACAAUGGCAUGUGGAGCAUUUUGUUUGUGCAAAAUGUGAAAAACCAUUCCUGGGCCAUCGUCAUUAUGAGAGAAAAGGCCUGGCAUAUUGUGAAACCCACUACAAUCAGCUGUUUGGUGAUGUUUGUUUCCAUUGCAACCGUGUGAUUGAAGGAGAUGUUGUGUCUGCUCUGAAUAAGGCAUGGUGUGUGAACUGUUUCGCUUGUUCAACUUGCAACACUAAGUUAACCCUCAAGAAUAAAUUUGUUGAGUUUGAUAUGAAGCCUGUCUGCAAAAAAUGUUAUGAGAAGUUUCCCCUAGAGUUGAAGAAAAGACUGAAGAAAUUAGCUGAAACUUUGGGAAGGAAGUAAAGACUUCAUCUGCUCUCCUCUUCAUUGUGAAAAUCUUAUAGAUACUACUUGUGUGGUAGGGGGGAGUUGCUGCUUUGAGGCUGCAGUCAGACAACAGAUGCUGAUGCAUGCCUUUUAUCAACCCAACAUAUAUUAAGAUUCUCUCUUCUCUAUACAUGUAUGCUUACCUGUUGACAAACAGACCAUACUUCCAAAAUAAAUACCAGCUCACUUGAAAGGUUUCUGACCAAUAAUGCCAUUGUACCGAUGCAGGUGGCCCAUUCUGCACACUAAUUCUCUGUGGAACUCUUCAGAGAGAGAAAAUUUGCUUGUGAACACAAACUUUGCAAAUGUGCCCAACUUUAGGGAUGUGUAUUGUCAUUUAUGUUAGUGAAAAUAUUAACCUUCAUAUUAAGCAUGCAGACAAAACUCACCCAGCUCAAGUGAUUUGGGCAGGAAACCAGUACACUUUGCCUCAUGGAAAAAUUCACACUUGGAUUUCAGGCCAAGUCACCUCAUUAAGGAGCCUUAUUUGAGAUGGUUUGGAAACUAUCAGAUUUCUAAAUACAUCCACUGUACAGCUGACAUACAUAAAGUGAUAAAAAUUACAAACUAUGCUUAUAUGAUGAAUGUUUCUACAUCAGGCUUAGCAUGAGAUACUUAUAUAAAAAAUGUAUUCCUAUUGCAAGAAACGAGCAUACUCAGAACUACUUUUUGCUAUAUUCCACUUAAAAUAACACAUUAACUUCUAUAUAUGCUUUUGCAUUCUAUUUACUUUUUGUGCCUUAUUCUGCUGGACCAUACAUAACAGUAUACCAUUAAAUAUAUAUAGUUUUAUAUUUUAUUUCAUAUUUUUAUGCAAAAACUAUUAUAGAAGGUAUUUUCAAAAGAUAACAUACUUUGCCUUAAUUAUACAGGAUGCAAGAAGUAUUUUAUUUGAAAUGUGAACAUCUGCAUUUAAAAUCUAGCUUCUAGACCUCAUUGAUUUUCAGAACAAUACUGAAAAUGCGUAUUUCAAUUAACUGGCAAUAUUACUUUUACACCUCUGUGUGUAAAUAUGCAAGGUUUGAUCCUACUAGGAUCUACUUCUUUAGCCAUCCUCAAGGACUGAGCUUACAAAUAAUAAAAAUUCUUUAUAACAUACAUUUAAUUGUUUUAUACUAUUGAGUUCUGUCCAUGCAAAUUUGUUUUUAUUUUUUCCUUUGUUAUAGAAAAUACAGCUACUUAGGUCUUCUUCAUGGUACGAAGUAUGCAAACAUUUUUUUUUUACUUUUGUACAUUAGUGACUUAAACAGAUUUUCUGUAAUUAUGUAACAGGAAGUAAAAUUUUCUUUCCUGUUUAUGAAAAAUUAGUUACUUUAAAACAUCUGCUUUCCUGUGUCAUCAAUAAAGGCCAUGUUAUUAAA